AGCUCCUACCGAUCCCUCUCGCCCAAGACACGCGCCCUCUUCGGCGUCGGCCUGAUGGCAUGGGCGUCUAUUGGGCUCUGGACUUCAUCUGAGGUGGAGGGCGCGCUAGGCAUGGUGCCUACGCCGGAGCAGCAGGCGGAUUUGGACCGGAAACUCUCUCUUCGGGUGUCGCGGGUUGACAAAGAGUAG